AUGUCUCAUUUCGCGGAGUCAUCUAGAGGUGGACGGGUGAGGAGUAGGCUUCAAGGUGCCCGCAGCACCCACAUUGGCUCUGAGCAUGGUGUUGUUUUGGAUCCAGUUGGUGAGCUCAGUGGGUUCUCGAUGAUCCCUUGCCCAGAUUACGAUCUUGCUCGGGUGGUGGAGGUAUGGACCAAGAAGGAUGGUGACAACCACGGCCGACUCUACUUCAAGUGUGCUAGGAAUGGGAUGAGUUCUUUGUAG